AUGUCUACUCCUCGAAAAAGAUCUGUUCCCGAUGAAAAUUCCCCACCUGCCAGCACCUUCAUUCCAUACACUACACCACCAACAUCAACUGUCAAACGAGUGCGGCGGCAGGUUCUCAAGGAUGUUACACCUGCCCAACUCAAUGAAGCACGUCAAUCUUGGAUCGAAAAACAAAAGGAAAGGGCUCAAGAGGAGGAGCUUAGGUUGAGGGAGGCUGAAGAAGAGAAGGAGAGGCAGACAACUGAGCGGUUGAGGCAGAUGGAACAUGCUCGGACUGCAGCAGGCUAUCCGAUGCUCUACGCGUAUCUAUCUGAACUCCUGGCCACCAACGACCGACAGCUUUCAUCUCAGGUCACCCAAAUGCUUUCUCAUCACGGCAUCCAUAUCAUCGAGUCCAUUCACCAGCGUCAACCUGCAGCAACAGAUGCUUGGAUGGCUGCUAGGUUGAAGACCCUGCUCGUCGAAGAAGGAGUUCAACUCGGCAGUGUACUGCAGCCAAACCGGGACAGGAACAUCACAAACACUCUCGAGGACUUUUCCCUCGCCCACCUCUUGACUGACGCUCGAACCGCUGCGCUGAAUUUUUUUUCUUUUCUUUGCGAUCUGAGCGGGUAUUCCGCUGAUGCGACGCUCGAGCGACGCAAGAAAAAGGAUGUUGUUCUUAGCACCGUUAUGUGUAUCAUUGCCCAAAUGAAGAACGAAAAGGCAAGCACAUUUCAGCUUGUAACAGCCAUUUACCUCCUCGCAAGUGGAGCGUCUUGCUCGCUUUUCAACGUACUCAAUCACGCUGGCUUCUCUCUCUCGUACUCAUCCGCGAUGGACAAGAUCAAACUCAUGGGGAAAGAACGGCUACAGUGCAUCUGGUCCUUGGUCCGCGAGAAGGUGUGUAUGGUCAUUUGGGACAACAUCAACAUUGCCUUUCGCGUGAACGAGCAGCGACAAGCCGCAAAGAAUCAUUUCAAUAACGGAACGACUGCCACUCUACUGCCACUUUUCGACAUUCCUUAUGGUUCCAUCCCUCUUUCGGUAUUGCCACCACGUCAGGUUCGACGGAAUGUCUAUGAUUUCCAACCCCAUAUCGAUCUUCUGCCAACCGCCGACCAAGUUUCGGAUGGGUGCUAA